GCACUCCUGCCACAUCACCCGGCACAGUCUUACGGUUCUGGUCUGGCUCAAGAAAAGAAGCUUUGCGUUCGGGGUUCUGAGCCCAACGCGGCCAUGAUCCAUCGUCGUCAACAUGGCGCUGGCAGCGGUGAAGGAGCUGCAGAUGAGAGCGCAGCUGGCGCAGAUGCAACUGCGGUGGCUGAGCAUGCUCUCGUGCUGGUGCCUGGCGAUCGCAGUCAGUGCAUCGCAUCUAUCGCCUGUACCAAAAGCGCCCAGCCAGCCGAGGAGAGUUUGGACCGACAGGACACCUAUGGUGGCGACCAUGUAAACACCUCUGUGGAUGAUCUGCUGGGAGGAACUUUCGCAUCGUUCGCAGCUCACAAACCUCGGUAUCGGUCAAGGCAGCACGCGGGCCGGGCAAAAUCUUUACUAUUUUCCUGCUACACAUGUACUGGUUCAGCAUGACCAUCAAGAUCGGAACCCACCACAGGCAAACGGGGCAAGCCCGCGAUUUGCAGUCGAACCUCUCCUCCAUGGAUUUUGGUGACAAGAAGCGAAGCUGAGAGCGACAAAAACCACCAGUGGUGGACUGGUGUCUCAACCCUGCAAGUCUGGAUGAAAAUGAACGAGAAAGUCUGGACACGUCUGGAGCAACACGAAAAAGAUAGAAACCAGAGGUUUG